AGGAUAUGGUCACAUGUCACCUAGUACACCUGUUGGCCGAACAGCCUGCAUUGUUUUUGCUUUGUUUGGAAUACCUCUAAAUGCAUGGCUUUUAAGCGAAAUAAGCGAAGCUUUCAAGAAAUAUUUUCGUAGGUUGGCGGCAACAUGUAGCGAAUACCUACAGAAUAUUGGCAUAACAUCUGUGAAAAUUAGAAAAUAUUUCUCUUGGAGCAUGCUUGCUUCUGCUGUGUACACAUUAAUUGUCAUAAUACCUGCAAUUAUCUUUUGGCAUAUUGAAAGCGACUGGAAUUUUGAGAACGCACAUUACUACUGUUUUAUUUCACUGAGUACGAUCGGUUUCGGAGAUUUUGUUGCAACAAAUGGGACCACGAAAAGUUUUCGUUGGAUUUACAAAAUCCUAACGUCAUUUUACCUUACAACUGGUCUUGCAUUCCUUGCUGUUUUAUUCAAUGCGAUUCAAGUUAGAGAACAAAAGAGGGCACAAUCAAUAUUUAGCCCUUUGGCGAUGCGUAGAUAUAGUAAAGAUGUGGAAACCCGUGCCAAAAAGGAAGAUGUCUUCUUCCCACCGAUAUUAGACAACAUUGAUCCUGAAAAAUACGAGAAAAACAGUAGACAAGAGACAGAUAUUCCUUCAACAAAUACAGAACCUCUCACGGUUUUUCAACACGAAUCAAGUAUUUGAAUGAUAUAGGCCUAUAGCUUACACAUUAGAUAAUCGAACAUUCCUAUAUCGAUUGCGACACAAUUUGAACUCUCAUAGACAAACUAUCCGGCUUACAGUAAGAGAAUAACUUAAAUGGUAAUUUACAUUAAACUACAGAUUCGAAUAUA